CUCUCUGUGGAUUGUGACUAAGAUCGAGCAGCGGUUGAGAUGAGAACCAUGCUGUGGUUACUAGUAGUGGCAAUGCUGUGGGAGGGCUCACUCUCUCAUAGCACUGUUUCUUCCACAUCCUAUCCACCUUAUUAUGCUAACUCCCCGCCACCGCCACCACCACCGCAUUAUGCGCAACCGCCACCGCAUUUGUCGCCUCCGUCACCGCACUAUUCGUCGCCACCACCGCUCCCGCAUUACGCACGGCCGCCACCGCCACCACUAUCGUAUUACACGCAACUGCCACCGCCACCGCACUAUUCGUCACCGCCACCGCCAUAUUCACCCCCGCAUUUCUCACCGCCGCCGCCACCCCACCACGUCCAACCGCCUCCACAGCACCGACAUCCGCCGCCGGCGCCGCCGCCGCCGCCGCCGCCGCCUUAUCAUAAACCACCACCAUCCCACAAGCACCCGCCACCGCACAGAGUACAUCCACCGCCGCCACACCACCGACACCUGUCACCCCCUCAUAGGCACCGACACCCGCCACCUCAUCAUGUUUACCCGCCACCUCAGCAGAAUCAGCCGCCACCACCUCAGCUUACUUAUCCACCACCUCAUCAUGCUUAUCCGCCACCUGAGCAGAGACAGCCGCCAACUCAUCAUAAUUAUCCGCCACCUCAGCAGAGACAGCCGCCACCUCAUCAUAAUUAUCCGCCACCUCAGCAGAGACAGCCGCCACCUCAGCAUGCUUAUCCGCCACCGACGCACUAUUCAUCACAGCCCCCACCACCUCACCUCUACUUGAAUCCGCCGCCGCCGCCGCCGCCACCGCAGGGAUACGCACUGCCAGUGUACGUGAAAUCGCCACCGCCGCCGUCGCCGCAUCUGUAGGAGGCUUAUUGAAGAUGUGUAGCUUUACCAUGUUCUCAACUUCUGGGUUAUAUCAUAUCAUAUAGUAUUUAGCUUUUUGGAAUGAAUAUGCUUGGUUUAGAAGCAAGAAGCUCUGUACCUUUUUAAACUUUGCAUGCAAUAUAUGCAUCGAUGUUCCACGUCGUACGUACGUAGUUUUCUCAACGAAUAAGGCUAUGAGAUAAAGAGAUUU